CAGACGUCAUCGAAAGUAACCUACCUGGCACGCAGGAACAGAAGAUCGAUUCACUCCUCAAUCUGUCAUUCAUAAUGCCUCUCCCUACGCGUGCCGUGAGGACAGUGUGUCGGCUUCCCAUACGGUCAUCUCUCUCAUUUCCACGGAUUCCGACGCAACGAGCCGCCACGUGUCCCCUCAUCUUACGCCGGAAGCUCCAUGGCGGCCAACAGCAACAGCACCGACAAUCCUUUUUCAAUAGACUCGGCGAAGCGCUCAGAAACACGAAGACGGAAUGGUACGCGAUUCCAAUUGGUGUCGGCAUAGGUGUCGUGGGCUUCACACAGAUACGGAAGAACCAUUCGCGUAGCAAUGAGGAUGCCAGUGGCGGGGAAAGGUUACUUGAGGAGAAGCAGAUUCGCCCCAUGGGCUCAUGGCAAGUCCAAAUUCUCUCCACACUCCCACUCAAGGCCCUCUCGUACUAUUGGGGCCGCUUCAACGAGAUCCCACUUCCUCGUUUCCUCCGUGCACCAGGCUUCAAGCUGUACGCAUGGUUUUUCGGCGCCAAUCUCGAGGAGGUAGCGGAACCCCUCGACCACUACAGAAACCUCGGCGAGUUCUUCUACCGUCAACUCAAACCUGGAAGUCGUCCGAUCGACCCACGCUCCAGCUCUGUGGUCUCCCCCGCCGACGGAAAAGUCCUACAGUUCGGUGAAGUGCGAGCUGGUGGUGAAGUGGAGCAAGUGAAGGGAAUGACAUACUCGCUGGACGCGCUGCUUGGUGCACAAGGUGGGCCGAUCCACAGCGAAGGUGAAUCUCCGAAUGCGGCCGCCCUCGUAAAAAAGAAGCUGCAGGGCAAGGGCGUUGAGCCUGGGGAAACCACAGCACGCUACGGAAAGGGCGGUGACAGCGGCCCCAAUGCUACCGUGUACAAUUCGGAGGAAGAAUUCGCCAACGUUAAUGGCAUAUCUUACACACUUCCGUCACUACUUUCCGGAAAACCUUCCUCGAAGCCAUCCCCGGCCACCCACGAUGCGUCCCUUCCCGCCUCUACCAGCGCCGCCCUCGAGGUUGGCACGGAAGUCGCUAAGCCCUCGGGAACAAGCUGGUUCGCCACGCCGCAAAAGCGUCUCUUCUUCUGCGUCAUCUAUCUCGCCCCCGGUGAUUACCACCGCUUCCAUUCUCCUGUCUCGUGGGUCGUCGAGCAGCGCCGACACUUCGCAGGAGAACUCUACUCGGUAUCUCCCUGGUUGCAGUCGCGACUGAAGGAUCUUUUCGUCCUCAACGAGCGCGUAGUGUUGCUCGGACGCUGGCGACACGGAAUGUUCUCGAUGACCCCCGUCGGCGCGACCAAUGUAGGCAGCAUCAUAAUCAAUUUCGAUCGUGAGCUGCGGACAAACAGCUUCACCAAGGAUCCCACCGAGGCAACCGCGAAGAACGGAUUCGCCGAGGCCACAUACAAGGGUGCAUCUGCAUUACUGGGUGGCCAUCCCAUCACCAAGGGAAGUGAGAUUGGAGGCUUCCAAUUAGGUAGCACCGUUGUUUUAGUCUUUGAGGCACCAGCGGUGGCGGCCGAUCCAGAUGGUCCGCCAGUUCGGGGAGGUUUUAGAUUCUGUGUGGAGCCAGGACAAAGGGUAAAGAUGGGUGAAGCAUUGGGUGUUGUCGAGAUGUAACCAUCUGAAAAAGCAAAGUUGGUACAAAAUCAUCCACGAAGACUGUCACCUCUAUCCGUUCGUGCUGCGUUGCGCUAGACCAUAUCUCAGGAAGUGCAAAAAGAUCACAC